CCCCGUUUCCCGCAGGCCGUUGCAGUCAGAUUGGUGCGGGUGACUUGUUCAGACUGACUGCGACGUCCUGAGUCAUCGCCUCGCCCUGUACACGGAGGAUGAUGAGGAUCCGACCGCCUCACCACCCGGGAAUCUUCACACAACCUGCGGCUCUUGUAGAACUACAACUCCCAUCAUGCCCGGGCAGCAUUGGGGGACACUCCUGUAUACGAUGUUGCAGUCUCUCCCGUUCAAUGCAGCGUUCGUUUCGUUGUUCGGUCCUUUUUAUACCGUUUGCCGUCUGAUUCUUAAAGGAACAGUCGCAGCGAUAGACUCCGUGAUCGGAUAUUUCUAUUAACCCUUAAACGUUGGCGCUGCCGCCUUCCGCGCUCUGCUGCAGUUCCUAAUCCGGGCGCGUUGUCUGCAGCAGACGUCCAUUACUGCAGCUGCGGCCUCUGCAGACACGAAACUAUCGUUAAAAGAAGAAAGCGUCGCGGCGGGGGGUGAUCAGCGUCUGGGGUAGAGGAGGCGCAGAUCACACGUUGUUAUUUUAAGCUCCGUCAUUGAUUAUCUGUCGGGAUGGAUGGAUCGGGCCGGACACUUCCUGCGCUCCACAUCCUUCCUGCGCUGAUAGGACACACGAGGUCCUGAUAACGUCUUGACGCUGAACUCUGAGGCUGUCCUGUCCCUGUCCUGUCCCUGCUCGUACAGCUGCUGGUUCGUUGCAGUGUAUCAUUGUACAACAGCGUUUGCCUUCCGGCUGCUGCAAAACUACAACUCCCAGCAUGUUCUUACAUUUACACACUGUACUUGUGAGGGUCCCAUUCACUUAUAGGGGUCUUCGCAGCCCCUGACUGGUAACUGUAGUUGUGCGGCGUUCGUGAGAGAGUUGUCUGCGCUGAUCCAUUGUAACAGAUCCCUCCAGAGUAUAGUUGACUGUAUUGGGGAAGACUUGCUGACAGCAAGCAGAGAUAGGAGGUUUCGCCCGAUGCUAUGAAAUGACCGAAGUUUCCACCAAUAAGACCUACGCUGUGAAAGUCAUUCCGCACAGUCGUGUGGCCAAACCGCAUCAGCGCGAAAAGAUUGUGAAUGAAAUCGACCUUCACCGGCAGCUUCACCAUAAGCACGUCGUGAAGUUUUCUCACCACUUUGAAGACUCUGAGAACAUUUACAUCUUCCUGGAGGUCUGCAGCCGCAAGUCUCUGGCACAUAUCUGGAAGGCGCGUCACACGCUGCUGGAGCCCGAGGUCAGGUAUUACCUGAAGCAGAUCAUCUCCGGCCUGAAGUAUCUGCACCUGCGCGGGAUCAUUCACCGCGACCUUAAACUGGGAAACUUUUUUAUCAAUGACAACAUGGAGCUGAAAGUCGGUGAUUUCGGGCUGGCGGCGCGGCUGGAGCCUCCGGAACUGAGGAAGAAAACAAUCUGUGGGACCCCAAACUACUUGGCCCCCGAAGUUCUGCACAGACACGGUCACGGCCCCGAAUCAGACGUCUGGUCCCUGGGAUGCGUCAUGUACACGCUGCUGUGCGGCACUCCGCCCUUCGAGACGUCCGACUUAAAGGAGACCUACCGCUGUAUCAAGCAGGUGAAGUACACCCUCCCCGCCUGCCUCUCCUCCUCCGCCAAGCAGCUGAUCAUGGGGAUCCUGAAGCGCACGCCCGGCGAGCGGCUGACCCUCGAUCAGAUCAUUGAACACGAAUUCUUCACCAAGGGUUACACCCCAGAAAAGUUGCCUCCGAGCAGCUGCGUCAUGGUCCCCGAUCUGCACCCGCCAAACCCGGCCAAGAGCCUCUUCACCAAAGUGGCCAAGAGCUUGUUUGGAAAAGGAAAGUCCAAAGCAAAGAAAGGUUCCUCCGAGGAGAAGGACGACAUAUCUAAGCUGGUGACGGGUCUGGUGAAGACGUCCAUCUGCCGCCAGCUCAGCUAUAAGACGGUGGAGGGGAGCGAGCAGGCCGCCCCCGUCGCUGGUCAGGCCCUAAGUGGCAGCUCCAGCCCGGUGGAAACCUUGACAGAAGAGGCUUCAGGGAAGUCUGUGUCCAGAUCGGUGCGCGGGAGCCUGGUCAGCAGUGACGGUUUUGAGGAUUGUAUCACUGCAUCAGGGGUUAUGGAGACGGCUCUGGAAGUUCUCAAGGACUGUUUGUCUUCCAUGCCAAUAGGUGAAGGGAAGCCGGUCCCCCUCUCCAGACAUGAGGACUUCGUGUGGGUUUCCAAGUGGGUGGACUAUUCCAACAAGUACGGAUUCGGGUACCAGUUGUCUAAUCGCAGCAUCGGGGUCCUCUUCAAUAACGGCACCCACAUGGUUCUACCAGCCAGCCGCAGAAACGUCCAUUACAACCUGACGAACAGCCGCCAUUUCGUGUUUCUGGUUUCGGCCGUGCCGGAGCAGCUCCAGGGCCAGAUGAGCGUCCUGCAGUAUUUUGCCUCCUACAUGGAGAAAAACCUCAUGAAGGGAGGGGAUCUGCCAUGUCAGGAGGAGGGCAGCCGACCCCCACCGCCUCUGCUGCUGCUACUACAGUGGGUGAAGACAGAGCACGCCCUGCUGAUGCUAUUCAACAACGGCACGCUGCAGGUGAACUUCUACAACGACCACACGAAGCUGAUCCUCAGUAAACCUCAGGACGCCCCCCUCCUCACCUACAUCAACCGUGACCGCAGCUCCCAGACCUUCCUGCUCAGCUCCCUGGUGGAGAGCGGCUGCUCCUCCGACAUGUUUCACCGCCUGAAGUACACCCUGAAGCUUCUGGAGCAGAAGGCCGAAUCCUAGACGUCCCAUUCCUCUCCAUUCUUCAAGCCAUUCCCCGCUCCUUACGCCGGUCACCUGGCGGCAGCCGGACUCACCUGCCAGGGCUAUGGGGGCAGCGUCUGGGGUUUCUGGACCCUGUGACUACGAUUCGAGGCUCCUCAGAGCUUUUGGUAUUUUUUCUUUUUUGGUGCUUGAAAUGCAAAAAGUUUGUUCUCUGUAGCGGAAUUCUUGAAUUUGCCUUCACUUCACUCUCUCUCCUGCGCACAACACGCAAAGUCUCCGGUGCCACAAUAGGUUGCGGGACGGACACUUGUUACCAGAUUGCCAAGCGUCUAGGUGGUCAUGUGACUGGAUUGCCUUGUGGAUACGGGUCGCUCCUGCUGUGUUCUUGGCCCCGGUCGCCAUCUGAUCAGUUUGUUUUGUGAGGAUUAAUCUGACCUGCGGAGGGUUAAACCGAUCACUUGCUGCCUCCAGUUUCUGUGAAGUUUUAUUGCGGCACCCUUCCCCCGCCGUCGCCCUAUUCAUCGGGGUGUUCGGAUACAAUCAGACCAGCUGCCGGGGGUCACCCUAUUCAGACCCUCUGAGGUUUACAGGGGGGGGGGGAAUGUCCAGCAGCUGCUCCUGCAGUAUACAGCAGCAGUCCUUUCUGUGAAUUACAAUGUAUCAUCUGUGAAUUGUAUCAAUCAGCAGGGUUUCUGACUCGGGGUGCCUCCAGCUGUUGAAAAACUACAAUUCCCAGCAUGCUUGGACAGCCAAUGGCAAGUGUUUCCCAACCAGGAUGAAUCUAGCUGUGGCACAACUACAACUCCCAGCAUGCCCGGACAGCCUUCGGCUGUCCGGGCAUGCUGGGAGUUGUAGUUUUGCCACAGCUGGAGGCAUCCUGGUUGGGAAACCCUAUAGUAGGCCAGGACAAUGAGUUUAGCUAAACUGCCUUUAUAAAGACGUCGUCUAUAUAUCUAUGCUGGGAGUUGUAGUUUUGCAGUAGCUGGAAGCAUCCUGGCCGAGACGCUGUGUCACCUGACAUGAAUGGGUUACUUGGACCUACCGGAUGUCACUGCUCCGCCAUCAUGUGCCAGGGGGGGCGCUAUUCUGUGAACCUUCAGCUGCUUUAAAAAAAAAAAAAAAUUAGUGAAUUUGCGGAUUUUCUCUGUACACCGCAUGGGGCAUUUCUGCAGGGUGGAGCGCCGCUUUAAUAUCCCCACCGGGUCCCCUCCCCACUUACUGCACUACAUUACUACCAAAGGCUUAUUUUUUUAUUUUUUUUUCGUUGACUUUGCUGUUGUAAGCAAAAAAAUUAUUAUACUGCAGAAUUUUUUUUUUUCUCACUAAAAUGGAACACGACGGGGUGUCGUUAUUUUUUUGUGAUUUCUUCUACCAAAGACCCUUCAGAGACGAUGGGUUAAAUCUGUGAGUCCUGAGCUCAGUAUAAGGAGCUCGAUAUAAUCACAGCACUUUAAUGCCCCACCCCCAC